AGUAAAUUAAGGAAAAUAAGGUGGUGUAACUGGUGUAAUUUACACUGGUGGACACUGCACCAACAGCGAACGAAAGAACCUAAAUUGUUUUGUGGUUAGGUUUGUGUGUCAUGUCAAUGUGUCACUGUCAUUUAAUAUUUCAAAAAAUUACAUCAGCGAAAAGUAUUUUAUCGAAUUACUAAAAAUACCAAAUAUUAUACCUAAAAAUGACGUGGAGUUAAAGUAACUCAUUGCAAAUUUAUCAAUGAGAUGAAUAUAUUUGUUAUAAUUAUAUCAGUUUUAUUGAGUGUGAUAUGUGUACUAUUAGCAUUACUUCAGCAUUAUUAUUUUAUUACCAGGUUGUACAAAAGACCCAUUAUUAAAUAUGAUGAGCCAGUAUUCGAAGAUCUUAUCCCGUCUGAUAAAACCAACAAAUAUAAUCACAAUUAUCCAUUGCAGCAAUUUGAAGAUCAUGAUUCAGAUAUAGUAUUAAACCAGUUGAACUCAGUCCUAGAAUCUCAACCAAAGGAGGACACAAUAAGGUAUCUUUUAAGAAAUGACAAAGCCUCAGGUACAGAUACUGAAGUUUACAAUACUCUACAAGCUGCUAUUGCUUUUAAGUUAUCAGGAAAGAGCCACAAAGCUUUGAAGCUGUUUGAACAUGCUGCAGCUAUUGCCCCUGAAAACGCUGAUGUAUUAAAUAGGUAUGGGGAGUUUUUGGAACAGCAACAUCAUGAUAUUGUUGCAGCAGAUGAAUUAUAUUUUAAGGCAUUAUCCCAUUCUCCAGACCAUAAGGCUGCUCUUACUAACCGUCAACGCACAGCUCCAGUUGUAGAAGGCUUAGAUUAUAAAUUAUUUAAACAAAUUGAUGAGAGAAAGGACUUUUUGAAAAAUCAAAUCAAGCUCGACACCUUUGAAACUGUCAAGAAGCAAGCAUACUAUUUGCAUAUCUAUCACACUGUAGGUAUAGAAGGUAACACCAUGACAGUAGAACAACUAAGAUAUCUUUUAGAAACGGGGCAAGUUGUUAGUGGUAAAAGUCUUAUUGAACACAAUGAAGUUCUAGGUUUGGAAAAGGCCUUGCAGUAUAUAAAAUUAUUGGUGAAAACUGAUUAUAUUGGUCUAGAACAAAUUUUGGGCAUUCAUAGAAGAGUUAUGGGCCAUGUUGAUCCUAUUGCUUCUGGCGUUUUUAGGGAUGAAAAGGUUUUUGUAGGAAGCCACGUUCCUCCUCCCCAUGAGGAAGUGCCUACUUUGAUGGAAAGCUAUGAGCAGUGGUUAAAUUCAGAAGAGGCCCAAAGUAUGCAUCCUGUACGUUAUGCCGCUUUGGCUCAUUACAAAUUGGUUGAUAUUCAUCCUUUUAUAGAUGGAAAUGGACGCACAAGUAGACUUAUUAUGAAUUUAAUACUUCUUAAGGCUGGAUAUCCCCCAGUUAUGGUGCUUAAAGAACAGAGGGAGAAAUACUAUGAUGCUUUGAAGACUGCAAAUAUGGGCGACCUAAGGCCGUUUGUGAGAUUUGUCGCACAGUGUACUCUCCAAAUAUUGGACAUGUACAUUUAUGGCACAAGGUAUCUGUCUAUUGAAGGGGGUAUUGAUGAAGAAGGAAACAAUAUUAUAACUUUUGAAUAAAGCUCUUAUUAUAUUUUUUGUAAUAAUAUUUCCUGAUAUUUUAAUGGUUUUUUAAUAGUUUUACUUUCUGUGAUAAAGUACCAAAGAAAAUAUUUUCGAUUAUUUUUACUAAAUGGGCCUUAAAUUUUACAGGCACGAGGAGAUAACCAUAAAAGUUGUUAAAAUAGAAAAAUAUUACACAUCUUCCUCUUUGGUUUUUUUUUUUUAAUUUUUCACUAGAAUCUUAAAACUUUCUUCAGUAUAAAAUAUCAUGAAAUAUUAUAUAUACAUUAUCUAUUCUAAUUUUGUCUGAAAAAAAUCCAUUGUACUUCAUAGAAAUUAUUUGGUGCUAUUCUUAAUUAAUGAGAUAAAGUAAUAGGUUUAAUUAUACAAAAAAUUAUCUGAAUGAGCUGAAUUAUUUGUAAUAAACCAUCAUUUUUUUGUAAUCAUAUUAAAUUGCAUUUGGUGCCGUUUUUUAAUUCAAUAAGAUUCGGUGAAAAACUUGCAGCCUUGAAAACUGCUUUAUAUAUAAAAUUUGUAAAACAAAAUGGCGCUAGUAAUAACGUUAUAACAAAGAUAAUAGAAGUGUUUACAACUCACUUUAAGGACUGUUUUAGAUGAUUACAAAAAUAUAACAUUGAUGGCUAAAUGAUACAUAAUAAAUGAGAGGUAUAGAAUCAGUGUCAGUAAUUAUUUAGUAAUCAUAGUUUUGAGAAAUGGAUAGAAAAAUAUAAGUUGGCAAAUGCAUUUUAUACAGUUAUAUAAUAAACACGUGAUUUGAAACAAAUGUAAAAAACGCCUGGACCCUUUAAUUUUUGUUUUGAUGAAGGCAUUUUAUGACAAACUGCCACGCCUUUAAUCCCUUCGAAAAGACAACCACUCCCAUAUUGACGAGAAGUCGUAUGGUACUUCAUUUGAAAGCUAAAUUCAAAAAUGUAUCACACCCUUUAAAAUAAAUUACAAUACAACCCCUAUGGUUGUUUAAAAAAGUAUCGAGUGGGUGUCACAUAGAGGAAAUUAAAGGGAAUACAUAAUUUGUUUCAAAUAAUGGAGUUUAUAAAGGGCAAGACUUAAUUUCUGCAACAUCUUAAAUUUAGAGGUUGCUGAUUUUGUUUGUAAAUAAUUAUAUUAUUAUUGACGGUUUUGAAAAUGAAAUGAAUGGAAGGAUUUUGCCUGUUUUGAAUAUGAAAGGAACAAUGUUAGUGAAUAGAUCCUAUAAACAAAAUAAAGUGAACCAAAUAGAAGAUGUGAAACUUCAGGAUUCACAAACUGCAUCCUCCUUUGUCUAAUGUAGUACACAUCACAGUUACACAUUAAUCUUAUUGGGAAAAUGGAGAAUUGAUUGUUUGACUCAGAGCACCUAAUCUAAAAUUAUUUGAUUCUAUACCCCUCGAGUACACUCUAAAAGUCAAUUUGUCAUUUAGUUUGACAAUUUCGUCAAGUUAAAUUCUUUAAAAUACAAGGUUUUUCAACGAAUGUGUCCUGGUUUUAAUAUUUUAUAAAAUUACAGAAGGGGAAGACAAUUCGUACAGUUGGGAGCAAUCCUCCAAAAGAACAAUACACAAAAAGUUACAUUUAAUUUAUCCAUUAUUUAAUAAAUAAAUUAUGUAAAAUCUGUGAUUACAUUAAAUAUACGUUUCUUCAUGUCAAUAUUUUACAACUUCAUUCUGGAAGUGUAAAUCCCCUUUUUGAUGUUAUGUAAAUCUACUCGAGACGAUUACCAUGAUUUUCAAUCUAAUCAGUGCAUAUUAUUAUGUAAACAUUGCAUCACCACUAUUUUGACAAUCCUUUGGAAAUGUUCAAUAAGAUGACCGAAUUUUCAUUUUAAAGUUAAACUAAUAUUAAAACUAGUGUAUCAGUUUUGUUCAUAAAACCGUAGAACUUAAAUCUAAAUUUAAAAUCGUGCUUUCAAAUAAACUUUUCUAAAAACAAAAUUGUUCAAAUGACACAUUAUUGGAUAAAGAAUUAGUUUUCUUGCAAUUUUUACAUGUAAUAAGUUUUAUCAAAUAUUUAUAAUGUUUCUUUUCAAAAAUCUAAAUAUGUACAGAAAAUCUGUGAUAAAAAAUACUUUUUUCUUCAGAGAGGUGUCUUCUUUAAUUUCAAAAAAUAGUAAUAAAUGUCGUUUUUAGGUAAAUCAUGGUUUGAUAUCCACAAUUAUUGAAUUUUUCCAAGAAUUCAUCUAGCUUCCAUUUUUUGUUUUAUUCAGAAUUUUCGUUAAAACAGCGUCUAUUUUGUAGUCUUGGUAAAAGUGAUUAUUUGAUACCAUAAAAUUUUUGUAAAUAUGUAGUUGAAUUUAAUUUAUUAUAAUUUAUUGAAUACUAUAUGUUAAUUAAUAAAGAUAUAUUUUGGUUUC